AGAAGUUGUGAUGAGGACAUUAGCUGACUUUGGUUGUGGAGUAAAAGUCUUCCAGAAGGUCUGUGUCAUAGCCUUCUAAAUCGUUUGUUUGUUGAGGAGAUCAAACUGAUCCUGCAUUAAAUCCAGUUUACUUUUUUCCUCAAAAGAGUAGUUGGGCGUUUUUUUGAUGCACACACAUAUCUAUUUGUCAGCUAACGUGGUAUGGGUCUCUGAAUCUCAUUCUCGGUCCCUAAAUGGACGUGGAAUCAAAACAAGGCAACAAAUCCACCGGAAUGACGCGGCUUCCAAAUUACAGAUCGAGAAGAGGAAGAAAUUGCUGCUUCAUCUGCCUCGCCGUCCUUCUCCUUCUGGGCCUUCUCUUCCUCAUCUUGGGCCUCACCGUUUUUAAAGCCAAAAAGCCCGUCACCACCGUUAACUCCGUUUCUCUACGGGAUAUGGAUUUCUCCGUCGACAUCGUCAGGCUCCAGGUUCACCUCAACGUCACCCUUCAAGCCGACCUUUCUGUCACGAAUCCCAACCGGGUCGGGUUCAAGUACGACUCUACUUCCGCCAUCCUGCAGUAUAAGGGCCAGGUCAUAGGAGAUGCCCCUAUUCCGGACGGCGAGAUAGGUUCCCGUGAAACGCGUCCGAUGAAUAUUACCCUCAGCGUGAUGGCCGAUCGAUUGCUUUCCGAUUCCGGUUUGUAUUCCGACGUCCUUUCCGGUUCUGGUAUGUUAUCCCUCACUACUUACGUGAAAUUGUCAGGGGUGGUCCGAGUUCUGGUCAAAAUUCACGUGAAAACUACCACUUCUUGCGAUUUGUACAUCGAUGUUCUUAACAGGAAGC